CACUCAUUUCUGAACCGGAGAGACGCCGACGUGCUAGCACAAGCGCCCUGGGCUUAUUUUAAAUACACUCACUCACCAUUAAGACAAUGAACUAGGACCCCGGUCGUAUAUUUGGAGAACCGUCUCUGGAGAAAAAGCAGCCGCCGCUGCUAUCUUUGAUUAGUAUUGGGAACGACCGCUUACGUUUUAUUCUCCAUUUUAACUUCCUUUUUAGCGGCGUUUGUUUCUGUUCACCGCCCCGCUCGCGCUACCCCCUUGAGUGUGUGAGCAGGGGCCUGCUUCGUUUAUUCGGCCACGAGGUUCGGCGGUACUCGGCGAUGGCGGAGUUCGGGAACGGACUUACUGAUGAAUCUCUACUAGAUUCUGACCCAGGACACCCAGAACUGGAAGAUCCGGGUGUGGGCGACGAUGACCCAGGGUUGGAGGAAGGAGAGGCCGCGAUUGAAGAUCCGGAACUGGAGGCGAUCAAAGCCAGAGUGAGAGAGAUGGAAGAGGAGGCAGAAAAACUAAAGGAGCUACAGAACGAGGUGGAGAAACAGAUGAAUCUCAGCCCACCACCAGUAGGCCCUGUAAUCAUGUCCAUUGAGGAGAAGAUGGAAGCAGAUGGCAGAUCUAUUUACGUCGGAAACGUGGACUAUGGGGCCACAGCAGAAGAGCUUGAAGCUCACUUCCAUGGCUGCGGUUCUGUAAACAGAGUCACCAUAUUGUGUGACAAGUACACUGGUCAUCCUAAAGGGUUUGCUUAUAUUGAAUUUGCAGACAAAGAGUCUGUUAGGACGGCCAUGGCUCUGGACGAGUCUCUUUUUAGAGGAAGACAGAUAAAGGUUGGUGCCAAGAGAACAAACAGACCAGGCAUUAGCACCACAGACCGCGGCUUCCCUCGGGCACGGUUCCGGUCACGGGGAGGAAACUUCCCAUCCCGCGCACGCUACUACAGUGGCUACACGCCGCAGAGGGGCAGAGGACGGGCCUUCAGGGGCCGAGGGCGAACAACAUCGUGGUAUUCCCCUUACUAAACCCCCCACCCCAAACCCCAGUCCCUUUAUUAUCUAUCCUUUCUGUUCCAUUUAUAAUGCAUAAUAAAAAAAACCCUACCUCCCACCCAACAAAAAAAGAAGAGAUCGCCAGAAGAAAAAAAGACAAAAAAAGACAAAAAAAAAACUUCUGGACAGAGAGACUGAAAUGUGUGUGAGCGUGCGUGUGCAGAGGUUGGUGCUGUCAUUGCUGGUAAGGUAUCUGUUGUUUCGGGGGCGGAGUCAAGACAAAGGUGGGAUUUUUUUUUUUUAAAUGUUGUUUUUGAGGGGCAGGAGAGAUGAUGGAAUCUCAGGCUGCAGAUGUGUCUCCUUUGGUCUGGUUGUGACGUCCGCCUUUCACACCAUCACCGACACAGACCACCCACUCACCCUCCACCACAACCACCAGCUACAUUGAGGGGGGGUGGGAGGGGCUUGGUACAGCAUGACUGUUUUUCAUAUGUAAAGGUUUUGCAAAAAAAAAAUGUUUUUUGAUACCAUGACCCUUCACUCACCCAUCGUCCCCUCUGUGACCACCCUACCCUUUAAUCAAUAUUUUUAUAACAAGUUUUUAGUUCCAGUCUUUGUUCCCCCCCACCCCCACGGUUCUGGAAGUUGGCGCUCUAAUUACGCCACUGCCUUUGCAUCGUUCAUCUACCUGUUCAAAUUUUUUUUUUUCGACAGACAUCAGUGUCUUUAUUUUGUGCAGACCCCCCCCUCCCCUCUGUGCUCCUUGUCUCCCCUCCUCCCUUCUCACCCCUCCUCUCUCUGUAUAUUAGACCACUUCUUGUCGUUUCAGGUUCCAAGACCAGUGGAGGCUGACAACCCCUCCCCAGGUGGCGCAGGCCCCUCCCACUGUCUCCGCAGCAUCUCUCUCGCUCUCUGCUCCCGCUAUGCACACUCACCCCAUUCUAUCUGUGUGGGGGGGCGGGGGAGGGGGGCAGGCUGACC